AUGUUCAGUGAGAUUCGGGCUGUUUUUUCAAGACGUUACCUUCUCCAGAACACAGCUUUGGAAGUGUUUAUGGCAAACAGAACUUCUGUUAUGUUUAAUUUUCCUGACCAAGCAACAGUGAAAAAGGUUGUGUACAGCUUACCACGUGUUGGAGUAGGAACCAGCUAUGGUUUGCCACAAGCCAGGAGAAUCUCUCUGGCCACUCCCCGACAGCUUUAUAAAUCCUCCAACAUGACUCAGCGCUGGCAGAGACGGGAGAUAUCUAACUUUGAAUACUUGAUGUUCCUCAACACUAUAGCAGGACGAACAUAUAAUGAUCUGAACCAAUACCCUGUAUUUCCGUGGGUUUUAACAAACUAUGAAUCUGAAGAAUUAGACCUGACCCUUCCAGGCAACUUCAGGGAUCUUUCAAAGCCUAUUGGUGCUUUGAACCCAAAGAGAGCAGUCUUCUAUGCAGAACGGUAUGAGACAUGGGAAGAUGAUCAGACUCCACCUUAUCAUUACAACACCCACUACUCUACAUCUACUUCUACAUUGGCUUGGCUUGUUCGUAUUGAGCCCUUUACAACAUUCUUUCUAAAUGCAAAUGAUGGCAAAUUUGACCACCCGGAUCGAACCUUCUCUUCAGUAGCCAGGUCUUGGAGGAACAGCCAAAGAGAUACCUCAGAUGUGAAGGAGUUAAUUCCAGAGUUUUACUACCUACCAGAGAUGUUUGUCAACAGUAAUGGCUAUAAUCUAGGAGUCAGAGAAGAUGAAGUUGUUGUGAAUGAUGUUGAUCUCCCGCCAUGGGCCAAGAAGCCUGAAGACUUCGUCCGUAUCAACAGGAUG